CAGUUGGAUUAGGGACUCGGUUCGUUGGUUGGCACCACGUCGUCAAGUGGUUCCUAUUGUUCCGGAAAUCGGUACUGUAAAGAAACAGUCUGUGAUCCGCACAUAUCUAAGGAAGUGCAAGUGCAUUUCAGUGUUUAUCAAACAAGUCACCAGACAUGUUUCGAUCCCCAACCUGGAUAGCCAGGAGACUAUUUUUGAACCUUUAGGGAUUAACCAACUUGGUGUGGCAGACUUGUAUCCUCGACUCGUGAUGAGGACGGACGAUGCAGAAACAGUAUGCCCUCAGCACCAGGAAGAGUUGUCGUCUGCACUUGUCUCACAUAGCGUCCCCAAUUGUUCCGUUACGCUGGAUAUCAAAGAACACUCACAUCACUCUUCCAGGCCUGAAGUUGAUGUACUUAUUUGUGGAUUUAACCUCUCAAAACUAUCCAGAAAUCAGCAGUUCGCAGUUUCAGUGUUUGGAAUUUUCGUGGCCUACCUUUUUUACGGAGCUCUACAGGAGUCCAUCUUCAGAAACAAUGAUAUCCAACCCCACUCCACAUUUCUCACAUUGUUCCAGUUCUUCAUUUAUGCCAUACUCUCCUAUUCUGAACUAUGGUUCCAAGAAAUCUCCCUAAAAAGAGGACUUUUCCGCCUCUAUUUUCUAUUGGCCCUUCUGACUGUCGGCACGAUCGCGUUUUCCAACGCGUCAAUCACUUAUCUGAACUACCCGACCCAAGUUAUUUUCAAGUCCUGCAAAAUGAUUCCAGUUCUCAUUGGGGGUGUCCUACUUCAGCGAAAGAGUUACAGUGCACUGGAGGUUACGGCAGUUCUAGUGAUGACUGUCGGGUUAAUUUCAUUCACGCUGGUCGAUGUUUCAGUCCAGCCAUCCUUCACCUUCUUUGGCUUGGUUCUCGUAUCCCUCGCUCUCUGUUGUGAUGGCGCGUUGGGUAACUAUCAGGAAUUGGUUAUGCGAAAACUGAGGUGUUGUAACACGGAACUUCUUUUCUAUUCAUAUACAAUCGGAUUCGUUGUACUAUUGUGUGGAAUACUGUUGAGUGGACAAUUCUUGCCGUCGGUGCGAUAUUUUAUCGAGCAUCCUGUCAAAAUAUUCGGUCAUGGAGUUAUUUUUUCGAUUUGUGGCUACUUUGGAUUGCAUUUCGUCCUAUGCCUGGUUCAGUCACACGGAGCACUGACAGCCGUAACCGUCACCACAUUCCGGAAAGCAGUCACGAUGAUUCUUUCCUUCAUUUUAUUUGACAAGCCAUUUGCAAUGGGUUACGUCUGGUCAGCACUCCUCGUCGUAUUUGGCCUGUACUUGAACCUGUACAGCAAGCACCGCCAGUCGUGGGACAAUUAUGUACGCCAACAACUGUAUAGGUUUGGCAUAAUCAAGUGCCCGUUGCCUGCUGUCCUACCCUUGUGA